UUUUAAUGUUCAAGUGGUUUCGAAGAGAUUAAUAAAAACCAAUAAAAAAUAUCCAAAAACCAUAAAGCUAACUAUCUAUAGAAUAAGCUUAAGAAAUUCUUGCUAAUUUUUAAUAUAGAACUAUGGCUGAUCUCAUUUAUAAAGAUGAUUCUCAUCCUGAUUUAAACGUAGAAUAAGAAUAAAUGAAAAAAAUUCAAUUGAAAACUUAAUGUCAUUUAGAUGAAUUUGGAAAUUUGCAUUUCAAUAAAGAAGAACAAUUAUCAUGGGUUGAUGAAGAUUCUCAUUAUGAAGAAGAUGAAUUAGAUAAACAAAUAUAUGAAUAAAUGUAUGAAGAAAUGUAGGAAGAAUUACAUUAAAGAGGAGAUAGAGAGUAUUUCAGACCAAUUACUGGUCCUGAAAAUUAUGAAAAUGAUGAAUGGGAAACAGAAAGUGAUGAACAAAAUUGA